AUGACAGGCGACGCAACGGAUGGAACAUCGCCAGUACAAAGCAAGUGCUCUUCUUUUCGUCUUGCCCUGUUUGGGCUUGACGUUCUCGAUGGGGGAUCCGUCAUCGACGGCUUGAGAUCAUAUUUUAUAUUGAACUGUCAAAUGCGGGUUUUGAAAUUUACUCCAUUAUUUUAUGUGAGGGAAGAAUCCCCUAUAGUGCCUAUAUGGAUAUCUUUUCAUAAUAUUAUACUUCAUUUCUUUAAUGCUAAAGUUCUUUUUGCACUUGGCUCUGUUUUUGGCCGUCCCUUGCAAACUGACCAUGCCACAGCUUCAAGAACCAGACCUUCUGUGGCGAGGAUCUUAGUUGAAGUGGAUAUUACUAAGAAACAUGCUAAGGAGAUUUGGAUUGGUUCUAAAGCAUUCGGUUACCAUCAAAAAGUUGAAUUUGAAAAAGUGCCAGACUUCUGUAAUCACUGUAAAACACAUGGGUAUGCGGCGGCUGAAUGA